AUGAGCUUGCACGAAACCAAGAACCGCCACUCAUCACCAAGCCAGCCACACUUCCCUUCCAAGCUUCCACUCGCCAUGCAAGGCUCCAUCAUGGCAAGACAAGGCAAUGGCGCCACCGCAACCGACCUUGCGCCAACCUGGAAUGAUGCGGAAUCCGCGGGGAUGAGCAUGUCGGCUGGAACGCGCGAUUCAACUCCGCAAACGUCCCCAGGUGGCGUUUCGUUCAAGGCACCCACAGCAAGCGUGCACCAAGCCCCACACCACCAACACGCCCCUGCAUUCCAACGGAGCGUGGAGGCUGUUGCCUGGCAGCAACGCCACCAGCAACUGCAGCAGGUACACCAACUUCAGCAACAUGUGAUGCAGCAGCAGCAGCAGCAGCAGCAGCAGGAGCAACAGCCCCGUGACUCGCCAGAACAGCCCCGCUACGUCACCGCUGCCACCACCGCAGGCGUCAGCCGUGCACCCCACAUGGCCCCUGUCCCUGUCAGCGUGUCACGCGUGUCAACAACGCAGCAGGACCAGCCACGCACUUGCCCCCACGUCCAUGCCUACCAACAGCAACAAUCGCCCGCACAGCGACAGCCAUCCAGCGUGCUGCCAACCCGCCAGCAGCACCGUCAGCAGCACCGCCAGGCCAUGGCGUUCCCAUCUCAGCAACUGCCAUACUCCACUGCUGCCACCCCGAUAACGUCCAGCACCAUGGCUGACACCGCAACCUACCAGGAUCCGGGCAGCGGGAUGAUGGUUAUGAUGCACCAGUUAGCACGCCAGUCGCCACAGCAACACCCCGCUCCCGAGCAAGGGCACACGCACACCGCCAGUGCGCAACACGACGAACACCAGCGACACCAUCUGCAGCAGGGACCACAGCAACACCAGCAGGCACCUGCAGUGCCCGUGCCCAUGCCCCCAUCUGCGUCAUCCCUGAGACCAGGAGCCCUGAGACCAGGAGCCCCAACAGAGCACAUACCGUCAACGCCCACAGUCACAGACACGGGCUACUGCGCGAGCAGCGUGCCGCCACAGCUUGUGCACAUGCUGUACAACCCCUUUGUGUGGAUGCAGCCAAACGCGGCAGAAAUCGCAAGGUACCUGACCGAAGGUGAUCGUGCACCGAGACAACAACAACAGGUGCCAGCGCCAGCGCCAGCAUGUGCCACGGCGUCACGGCAUGGUGAUGGGAGUCAGGACGUGGAUGACACGGGCAGGGACGAGCCACCCGAGAAACGCGCCAAGACACAGCAAGAUCGGGGCGAGUGGAUGUGUGGGAGCAAUGUCGCGCGUUCCGGUUCGGCGGCCACCUCGCUGUUUGUGCAGCAGCUCACCGCCAGCGUACACAGUUCGCUCGGUCCCCUGCCGCAGCUUGACAGCUUUAUCCACCACUUGGGUACCGCCCUCUCCAGCCUGAAGACCAUCUGCAGCCGAUACGAGUUUACGCAAUUCGACCAGCGGCCCAAGGUGUCGGAGCUGUUGCUCAUCGCUUCCGCCAUCCCUUAUGGGCAGAAGGAUGUGUCGCCGACAGCACUACUGCUGCGACGAGUCGAGCUCACGGAAGUGCGCAAGAUUGACCGAGAGCGCAUUGAGGAGGCGCGGAAGGUGGUUGAUCGCCUUCCAUCGCAUCUCUUUCUGCACGCCGUCAUCGUCGGCGCCGUCCUGGCUGCAAAGCACGCAAGACAGCGGCAGGGGCAGAUUGUGUCGGAUGCGCUGAAGCGGGCCAUUGCGAAGCUGGAUGGUGAUGAGGCAAAGGUCAAGGCCUGGCUCACAACUCACCACCUUGACGACCUAGCGUCGUUCUCGUUACGGUUCGUGCCGCGCAGCCAGACGAACCAGCUCCACUUCUCCCCUCCCUUUUCCAAGUCGUGGUUAAAGCUGCAGUCCAACACCGCAUUUCAGCCUGCGUCAUCAGUGUGAUGUGUGCUUGCGUGUUACAUGCAUCACGAUCCCAGUGCAAGCAAACCAUCAGCAAUGAUGGGACGUGAUUGCACACGAUGCUGUAUUGAUGUCACUACAAGCGACUCUGUCGAAGUGCUUUCCGAUGAUGUGCUGUGGUCGACCUGAUCAUCACCACACAAAACACACACAUACACAUGUACACACAAGACAAUGAACACGUGCUGUUGUUCACCGCCAACUCACGCUCACCCCCCUCCUCCUCUUCUUCCUCCAUCAUCUGAUGCGGAUCUGUUCCUCGCUCAAACACGCACACGCCGCACCUGCAGACAUUGUGCAACGUGGCCAUG